GAUGGAGGAGGAUCACUUCCGUUAUUACUAAUUUUGUAAAAUUCUUGAAAUAUUUAUUUAAUUACGAAUUUCCUGCGUAUCGUAUUCUAAAAAUGAGAACACAUUAAAUGCUGUUUAUUAAGCUAAGAUGAAGUGUAACCUUGAUUUUCAAGAGUGCCUGAAGGACUCGCCAAAGUUCAGGUUAACUCUUGAAAAUGCAGAAAAUGAUAUUGAGCAACUGGAAGCCAAAUUGGAAAGAGUUGUUCGUUUGUGCAAUACCAUGUUAGAUGCUGGGAAAUCAUUUAACAAUGCUGGAUCAGGUUUUCUCAAUGGAGUGAAGGACUUAGCAACUUUUUUCUACGAUGACCCCAUGAUUACGGAUGACAGAAAAGUUGGAAGCUACCUGAGUCAUUUUUGCCAGACAAUGUCAGAAGUUCUGAAGUUUUUCAAUGUAUUAAUGGACCAGGGCCAGAGGUCUGUGUGCAAGAAUCUCAACACUUUUAUUAAGACUGAGAUUAAGAAAGUGAAGGAGACGAGGAAGCACUUUGAGAAGAUCAGUGAUGACAUGGACAACGCCUGCAACAGGAGCUCCCAGUCACCUCGCAGUAAACCACAAGAAUGCGAGGAUGCUCACAAUCUGAUGAUGGCCAACAAGUCUUGCUUCGCUCACACUGCUCUGGAUUAUGUCUACCAGGUUAAUAUACUCCAGUCCAAAAAGCGGUUUGAUGUUUUAGAAACUAUGCUGUCGUUCAUGCAAGCGCAGGCAACGUUUUUCCAUCAAGGUCAUGAGCUUUUUCAUGACUGUGGGGACUACAUGUCCAGCACCAAAGACCAGGUCCGUGACUUGCAUGCUAAGGCCAGGGUGGAAUGGAAAGAAAUGGAGGAAAGACAUCAUUUAGUUCAAAACAAGGUGGUAGGUUUCACAAUCCAGCCUGAUGAUGCAGAUGGGGCGCAAAUGCAAGGCUACCUAUUCAAGAAAACCAAGCACGCCUUCAAGGCAUGGGUCAGAGGUGACUAUCAAAGGCGCUGGUUCACAGUGGAGGACAACCAGCUCCGCUACCAGAAGCGCUCCAAGGACAAGGAGGUCACAGUGAUGGAGGAGGACCUGAGAUUGUGCACCGUGAAACCUGCCUAUGACAUAGAUAGAAGGUUCUGCUUCGAGGUCCUAUCACCAACCAGGAGCCACAUGUUACAAGCUCACACGGAGGAGGAGUUCCAGGCGUGGGUCAGUGCAAUACAGUCCGGGGUCACAAGGGCGUUCAGAGAGGCUGAGAGAAAGCAGAUGGAGAAAGAGGAUGAUGACAGCAGCAGUAGGAGCACGACCCGAACCAACUCAUCAACAGAGCUGGCCACUGUCUCCACAGAGAGCCCUGCCCCUGCACCACCCAAGAAGAGCAAAGGACAGCUUCAGCGAGAGCAGCUUUACAAGAUACCUGGCAACUCCAAAUGCUGUGACUGUGGAGCCCCAGACCCAGCCUGGACCAGCAUCAACCUGGGCAUCACCCUGUGUAUAGAGUGCUCUGGGAUACACAGGGGUUUUGGGGUCCAUGUGUCAAAGGUGCGAUCAAUCACGCUGGAUACCUGGGAACCAGAGCUGUUCAAGGUUAUGUCUGAGCUGGGAAAUGAUGUCGUCAACCGGAUAUAUCUAGUCAAAGUAGACCAGUCCUUUACAUGUCCAACACCUGAGAGCAAUAGAAAUAUAAAAGAAACAUGGAUCAAGGCAAAGUAUGUCCAGAGACUGUUUGUGUCAAAGCUGCAAUCCCUGAAGUCACCAAAUCAGGACACCCAAAUCAAAGGUUGGCGGGUCAAGAGAAAAACCCGCCGGUCGACAUCGAAAGAACCAGACAGGGGAAAUUCUGGCGAGAAUUCUUCGCCGGAUUCGGACGUAACUAGUGGUCUGUUGGAGGCUGUUCUGUCAGCAGGCCGGGACACAGACUCUGGUGUGGUACCCAGCACGUCAGAGGACAGCAUGGUCACCAUGGAGAUCCCACCUGCAGCCUCCCAGACUGACCUGCCCGAGGUCCUGGAGUUUGGAACCGAUGUAGAGCUGCCAGACUUUGAGCUGGAUGUCUCAUCUGAGUCGUCUGGCACAGAGGAGGACGCUCGGUCCACAUCUAGCUGGGAGGACAUGUCGUCUCUUGAUCCAAACAUGCUACUGUACAAGGCUGCGCAGGCUCGCAACGUUGCUGUCAUGCUAGAGGCCCUGGCUAAUGGGGCGGACACCAACUGGGUAAACACUCGCGAGGAUGAUAAGACGCCCAUCAUGAAGACAGUGGAAACGGGUUCCUUGUCAGCCUGUGAAUUCCUGUUACUGAAUGGUGCAAAAUUGGACCGGCGUGAUAAACAAGGGCGAACACCCUUGCUAUUGGCUACCAUGCUGGGAAACACUGGUCAAGUGUGUCAGUUCUUGAAAAGAGGCUCUGAUAUAAAAGCUAAAGAUAACGAAGGACAGGAUGCACUGUCCAUAGCUGUUUCUGCUGCAAAUGCUGACAUUGUUACACUGCUGCGUCUGGCCAAACUCAACGAGGAGAUGAGAGAAUCUGACGACUAUCUUGGUUCUAAUCCAGGUGACGAGACAUUCAAUGACGUGUUUAGAGACUUCACCAAUAUGGCGUCCAACAAUCCAGAGAAACUGAAACGAAACAAAUAGCACACCGGUGGAGGAUAAAAGUAGUGAAGACAUAGAGUGCCAUCCUGUAGCUUUCAUGUGGCCUUUAUAUUCUUAGUGGUGUCUUGAUGACGCAUGCAGAAAGAAAAAUGUUUGCAACCAGUCUGUGAAAGAAAGUCUUUGCAAGAUUCCAUCAUACUGUUUACUGAAAUAUUACUAUUUAGUUGGACAUAAAUUGAGUGAAUUCCUCUCUUUUUUCACAUAUCCAGAAAUCCACAAAUUAAUGCAUCAUAGAGGAGUAAUUUGUUGGGGAAAAAACAGGAAUUUCAUGUCAAUAAAUAUAAAUGAUUUUACAGUAUUUAAAAAAAAAAGUCAUCUAAUCUGAUAUUAAAGUAACAUUCCCGUGGAACAUAAAAGAAACUGAUGAUUGUGUUCAACUUGUCUGCCUUGUAUGGUCAAGAAGUUAAUAAGUUAAGUUUAUGAUGGCACAAAAAGAGAUGGAUCUUCUAGAAAAUGUUGAUGUUGAAAGUUCUAAGUUGUUCUAAGUUGUUCUAAGUUGUUCUAAGUUGUUUCAAGCUUUUGGAAAAAUGCUGGUGAAAGUGAAAAAAUGUUUCAAGCUUCUAGACAAAAACUUUGGUGAUGAAAGUUCUAAAAUGUUCAAGGCGUCUAGAAAGGACUGUGUUGUCUUAAAAAUAAAGUUCAAAACACUUGAUCGCCUUCAUUGGGAAAAUUGUUGGAGAAAGAGAACACCUUACAAUGUUUGCUUGGUAUAAUACCAGUAUCGAAAGAGUUUUCUCUCUUAAUCAAGCCAACAUAAUGUUGCAAAGUUAAAGUACCCCAUAACAUGCUCCUAGCCUACAACGCUUUAGAAAUGUGAUUGCGGUACAAAAACACCCAACACAAUUUGCUUUUUGUAUAUCCAACUGCUUGUCCCUUGAAAAUGUUGUAUGAAUUUGCAUGCAUCCCAUUCUGUAGUGAAGUAAAUAUCUUAUGAGAUCCUAAGGAUGACUAUACUGUAGGUUGUCUAGGAAAUUCUUAGCUUGUAUUGUUUCUAUGUAAAAUGUAUUAUUUGUUUGUAUAACCAUUGACAAUUGUGAUGUAACCGUUUCAUUUCUGGAAAUCAGUGAUAUAGAUCAAAAAGUUCUGUAAAUAUUUCCUACUAGUACUUACCUGUGACACUUGCCUUAAUGUUCCAUGAAUGUAUCAUGUGAGGGCCUCAAAGAGCAAUUCUUGAAGAAUUUCUAUGGAUAUGGCCCCAGAAUUCCUUUUUGUGGCAAGAAAUCACAUCUUUCUAUCUGCUCAUUUCUUGAACCAUCGAAAGCAAUGCUUGCUAUAAUAGCUUGCAGUCUUGCGCCAAUAUGCCUACAUGCACUGCCUUUAUAGAUUGCUCAGAGGUGAUGUACACAUUUUGUUACUUUUAGCCUGUUUUGUUGAUGUAGACUAAAAGAAGCCUGAAAAUAUACUCAAGAUAUUUGCUAUCAUGCUUUGCUUUGUCAUUUAACAUGGUGUCUGUGUCAAUCUUAUUCCUAUUUCAUGCAACACCUUAAAUCAUUUUGUUGAGAACCUGAAAGAUACUGAGUUUCUAUAAACAAUUGAGCCUGUCUCUGAGAAAACUUAGUGCUAUUAAUAUGUGUUUAGUAUUGUCCCAGUUUAGACUGUGCAGUCCCUACACUUUCUGUCUAGACUGGAUUAUUGUGUUUAGGACUGUCCCAGUUUAGCCUGUGCAGUGCCGACAGGAUAAUCACUUUCUGUCUGGAUUUGAAAAAAUAAAAUGAAAACUUCUGUCAAAUGUAAAAUUCCAUAAAAUCAUGUUGACUGCACAAACUCAUCAGUGACGAUACGUUACACAUUUGCAUUAAGGCCAGUUUUACCAGACACCAGCUCAAAAAAAUGUAAAUAUGGUUGAUAAGAAAUGACAGAUAUACAAGAUUUACAUGGAAUGUUGUACAUCUGAAAGGAAUAAGCUAUGGUGAGUCUUUCGCACCAGUUAAAUUAUUGUGAUGCAUAGCAUUCUCUUUUAUUACUAGUACAUACAUUUGAUGGAUCAAAUUUGGGAUAAUUUUUUAGUUGUAGUGUUUUUGAAUACCCAAAGCAUUUCUUGCGACUUUUUCUCGCCCUGCUCACCAUUUACCAUGACAGUGUGUUAUAAAAGUUCCACUUUAGCUCAUGGUGUUUAUAAAACAGAAAUGUUUCAAUUUGAUGGAGUUUUACAUAAUAUUAUUUUUGUUUAAUUAACGUGUAACUUCAUUUUAAGUUUUACAAGUCUACUUUUGCACACUUAUUGGGAUUAUGAAAAAAAGUGUACUUCAGCUAAGUCUGUUAAGAUUUACCUUGACUUUCUAAGUGUAAGAAUUUAGAAAAUAUAUAACCCUGUAAAAUCUUGAAAACAUGAUGCACAAAAUGCGCAUGGUCACCAUUUUAUGACUGCACAAAUAAAAAGUGACUUUUUUGCCGGUUGAAAGUACAAUGUACGUGUCAUAAAGUCUAUGGCAAGUGUUUGUUAUUGAUAUACAAUUGUGAUAUUGUUGGUACCUAAACUAUUCUAGAGCUUUCAUUCUGUGUUUGUAUCUGUCCAACUUCUGCAUACUUUGGCCUUCGGUUUUCUGUGUUUUAUUUAAAAUAUGUAUAUUUUACUGCAUGAGAACUUAUAUUUUGUGUCCAUGUAUUCCUAAGUGUAACAAUACUAAUACAUUACAUAUCUGUACACGUAUACAGAAAUUGUAUUUAUUUUGCAAACUAAAUGCAUGCAGCUUUGCUUUUGAUUUUAUUCCAAAUAUCUUAUUUUAACAGAAAUGUAGCUAAGAUUUCCCUAAAGUUAUCAAAUUUAUAACAUAUCUUCUUGAAAAAUUGUACAGUUAUCACAUUGACAUCGUUACAGAAAUUGUUUAUGAAUUGAAAAGUAUUACUAUCCUGAUUAUGCAUUACCAGAAACCAUUCCCACAGAAAAGAUAACAUGUUGUUUUUUUCCUAUUAUUUGUUCAUGUGAGUGAUUAAUAUAUCUAUCUUUCGUUAUAAAUCCUCCAGAUUUUACCUGGCAAUUAUUCUGGAACCAUCAGGGUAAGAAAAGUCUCUGCUCUUCUAAAACAUUUAUAUCACCCUUUCCACUUAGAAAUGUAUUUGUACGCGUUUGUAUUCCCUUAUAAAUAUAACUUAAGACAUUUCUUUCUAGAUUCAAGUUUUCAAGGCUUCAUUGCCAACCCUUAGAUAAUAAUGAGCAGCAAACAGCAUAAAACAUGAACAGAGUGCGAGUUACUUGCAUGCUGUUCUUGGUUUAUGCUGUUUGCACAUAGCCAUUUUCACUUUGCUUUAGAGUGGGAAAGGUUUAAAUUAUAUCCAUUAGGAAAUAAAUGUAUAAGAGAUUUCAAACAUGUUUUGUGUUUUAAGCAGACAUGUGUACUUUUUUCAUAGAUUUUCCACUAGUUAGACUAUGUAUUCAACAACUGUGAAUUAUAAAUAUAAACUUAGUUUAAUUCACUCUAAAGUUUUAAGUUUUUGAAUUGUUUGUUCAAUGUGUAGUGUUUAGCAUGUAGUGACGUGAAUUUUGUUGUCUUCAAGGCAUGUUUUAUUUUGUGUGCUGUUGUUUUAUUCAUGUACUGUGAACUGCUGUUACAAAGUAAUAUUAUCUAGUUGUGUGUUGUCAUUUGUAGUGUUAAUAUUGUUAUAAUGCACUAAAUCACGAUGAAUAUAGUAAAGACAAGGAAAUUUAUCGGAUUGUUAAAUUUGAUGGAGUACUAUAGAUACAAUAGAAUUGUAUUAUUGUUUAUUGUUGUAUUGUUUGAAAACAAAUGUACUGGUUUACAUUUUUGGUACUAAAAGAACAACUUAUAGCUUACUAUAUAUUUGAUUGGUUCUUCAAACAUGAAAUGCAAACAACUUCCCUUUUUUGUAGCUAGAUUUGCGCCUAAGAAUAUGUUUAUGUUACUAUUCUAGCCCAUGCUUUUACUUUUGCAUUAGCUUUAAGCAUGUUACGAUAAAGUUGUUAUUAUAUAGUCAAUAUGAGUUUAGUACUUUAAAUGACUUGAGAAACCUAACAUGUGAUGUUUGAAUUCAAAUGCUGAUACAUUUUAUUUCAUUCUUGUGAUGUCUGAAAUAUCUUUGUGACUCAUGUUUAUCACAGUUUACCGCUUGUAUGUCAUGAUUAUGUUUAUACCUUUUAAACAAUUGCUGGGAUCAAUUUACAUGGAUCUCUACUGUCUGUCUGCAAUACUCAUUUCAUGUUGAGGCUUUAUCUGUACAAGCCUCCAUCUGGCAAAACAAGGCUUAAUGCAUGUGCCGAAAGUGUCGUCCCAUAUGGACCAGGACAAGGCUUAAUGCAUGUGCCCAAAGUGUCGUCCCAUAUGGGCCAGGGCAAUUGGCAUAGGCUUAUCAGGCCUGACAUUUUCUGCUUUUAAUGGAAUUUUUUUCAUUUAUUAGAAGUCUCUUUUUAGCAAAAUCCAGUUGAGGCAAAAAGUGUCAUCCCUAAAAAUGACACUUUAUGCACAUGCAUUUAGCUAUUUUUCACUGAGUGAGACUUAUUUACUUUAAGUAUCCUGUACAUUGGUGAACUGAUAACAUAUUUUGCACUAAAGAGGCUAGUUCCCACUUAGUGCUUAAGAGAACUCCUAUGAACAAUUUACUCUGCUAAGUUAAAAGUUCAGGUCCCACAACUACAUACCGGUACUGACAUCGGUUCAAUAUAAUCCUCAAUGUAAUAUAUAUAUACCGGUAAAUAAUGGAAAUGAAGAAAAAUGAGAAAAUGGUUGAGAUAACUUGUUGUAGUCAUUGUAAUAGAUAAGAUAAAAAAAAAUUGAAAGCCAAUUUUUUCUGGUUACAAUAGGCUAAAGUAAAAGCACUAAAUGGCCAGGGAUUUUAGGCAUUUUAGGAAUUUAAAAAAAAUCACCAAAGGAGCAUUAUGGCUUUGGGUCCAGAUAUUCAUUUUUGUAACUAAUGUUACGAUUGUGGAUUCAAUAUCUCAGCCUUAACCUAUAACAUUUAAGCACAUUUUCACAUCAUAAUUGAAUAUGGAAGUGUUAGUCAUCAUUUCUCACAAAUGUUUUCUUAUAAAUUACGUUGUUUAUGUUUUUGUAAUACAAAAUCAGGUUUCUUAUAAGAAAAUGCCAUUUUAUUAAGUUUGUUUUCCUUCCUUGUAAUUCUUAACCAUAUGUGUUCUUGCUAAAGCUUACUGAGAUGUCUCAUUGAACAAGAUAUGUAUAUAAAUUGUGUUUGAGUUAUAAUGUACCACUGACUUAAACUAAAUCCAAGUUUUCAAUUACAUUUUUGAAGUGAAUUACGAUUUUAAUAAAUUAUUUCUAUUUGUUUUUUAUAUUAAUGUAUUAAGACAAUGAACACAUGCAUGUACAUAAUUGAUUUUUUUUUAAGUAAAAAAAGUAUAACCAUUUCUAUUGGGUGAAUUAUUACCUUGUUAAUAGUAUUUAUAUUAGAAACUUGUUAAUUUUAUUCAUAUUAGAAUCACUGACGAAAUCCUAAAUUACAGUUAUAUAAUCCAGUGAUGUUUUUUCUCUUAUAGUUGUUUAACAAAUUAAUGUUUGCCUAUGGUAGAUGUAAAGAAAAGCAAUUCUGCGUGAACAUCUUGUUGAUAUGGGUUUGCUUUAAAGAAGUGGUUUAAGUUUUGUGUACAAAUGUGUAAAAUAGUUAACUUUAUUUUGUUUGAUUUCCUUUCAUCACUAUUAUAUCCAUUUGCUGCUAACUGAUUGCCUUACUUAAAAUUACUUUCAGCAUUUUUUUUUCCAUUAAGCUAUGUUGUAUGUAAGUAAUCGUUUUGGUUUUUGCACUUUAUGCAAUUUUAAGUAUUUUAUUUGCAUGUUUUUUUACCCUUUUUAGCUAGUCAGUUCAUUAUUUUUCAUACCUUAUUUUAGUUCAUUUUACAAGUAUUAUGUUUCUCUGCUAAUAUUUUCCUUUCUAAGGUACCAUGAAGUAAUGAUAAUUAUAAUAAAGAUAAUAUGUGUAAUUAAAUAUAUAAGUGAUUUGUAAGCUGACAAGACAACAUAUUUAACAGAUUUUACAAAACACACCAAUAAGCCUGUUCAAUUUCACGUUUCUAAUGGUCAGACUAGUUUCUAAUGGUCAGACUAUGUUUCUAAUGGUCAGACUAUGAAUAAAAGAUUAAAUUUGAAAUGUGGAA